AUGCGGGACAUUUCCCUUAUCGCCAGGUCGACUGAUCAGGGAGGGCCGUCCAAUCUUCCUACCGCACCCAAGGCAAACAUCAUUUAUUUCAAUCCAACAAUGGCUGCCAACAAUAUGUCCCUGUCGCGCGACGAGUUUCCCCCGCGCAUCGACCUCCUCAAGUUGAUGGCUCAAAACCCGCUUCCUCUGCUCGCCCCUGGAAUGGUAGAUCCGGCUUCAAUGGCAGAUUAUGAACCAACCAAGCAAACUCAACUUGUAUUGGAUAAUCUGAACACCGCGCUGGCUAGGAAUGAUGCGGGGGCGCUGGAAGACUGCUUCUGGAAGGACCAGGCAUAUUGGAGGGAUCAGCUAGCACUGACAUACCACCUGCGGACAUUCAAAUCACCUGGCAUAAUUGCUGCCAGUCUUCUGGAGACUAACAAGCUGAGGGCCAUCAAGGGAGAUAUAACGGUCGAUGGCGGGGCCAUAUUUAUCCAAGCGACGCCAGUUCUUCAAUUCAUUGACUGCGGAAUUGCCUUUCAAACCAGCUCACCGGCCGCCACUUGCAAAGGAAGGGUGAUACUCUUGCCGGUCAAGGGCGCCAACGAGAUAAUCGAGUGGAAGAUUUGGGUUCUCAGCACCAUUCUCAAAGAUCUGGAUAUACAGAAAGAGAAUGAGACCUUGCUUCAUUCUCUCGGAAGACAAUUUGGUGGGAUUGAGAGCUUUGAGACUGAAGUCUUCAUAAUUGGAGGUGGAAAUUCAGCUAUCGCCCUUGCGGCGCGCCUUAAAGCAUUGGGAGUCGAGAGUGUCAUGGCCGAGCGCAAUGUCCACGCAGGGGACAACUGGGCUCUCCGCUAUGAUAGCAUGCGUUUCCAUGUCCCCACUUCACUCUGUCACUUGCCCUAUAUGGACUAUGACCAGAAGCUCCUUACCCCCCAUCGUCUUUUGAAAGAGGAUCUGGCUUCCCAGGUACGACAAUAUGUCAAGGCUUUCAAUCUCAACAUAAUCACCUCGGCACAGAUCCAAUGGACAGAGUAUGAUCCAUCGACUAAGCGGUGGAUAGUCAAGUUCCAGACUCCUGCUGGUCAACGUAAAGCAAUAUCUAAACACGUUGUCUUGGCCACAGGUAUUGCAUCCCAAAAAGUGAAUAUACCAUCGAUAGCAGAUUCCUACCUGUACAAAGGUACCAGCAUUCAUUCGGAGCAAUACAAGAAUGCCGAGCAAGUGAAGGAGAAAGGGGCGAAGUCAGUCAUAAUCAUUGGCUCCGCCAAUACAGCCUUCGACAUUCUCGAAGAUUGCCACGCUGCAGGACUCCAAGUGACAAUGAACGUGCGUUCGCCAACAUACAUAGUCCCAGUGGACUACGUCGACAACCCAGCCAGCCUAGGCGCCUAUGAUGCCAGCGUUGAGCUCGCGGAUAACUGUUUUAUGACAAUCCCGACAGUCAUAGAUGCCCAAUUCGCCCGCAACUUGUUUUCGCAUUUCGCAUCACAGGAGCCAGAUCGCUACAAAGCUCUGGCAGCAGCUGGAUUCCCCGUCCUAGACAGCAAUAACCCAGAAUGUGCUUUGAUGCAAAAUUUAAUCGAGCGUGCUGGUGGACACUAUGUCGAUGUGGGCGGUACCAAGCUGUUGGAAGAAGGCAAGGCUGGUAUCAAAGCUAAUGUUGAGCCUGUUGCAUACACGGCGACUGGCCUGCGGUUCUCGGAUGGCAGCCAUGUUGAGGCGGAUGCUGUCAUCUGGUGUACGGGAUUUGUUGAUAAAAACGUGCGCGAAACUGCCGCUGAGAUCCUAGGAGGCUCUCCAGGUCAGGCUCCCAACGGUGCCGAGGAUGACAAGAAUAGCGUGGACGGCGAGGCCGAUAGUAAGCAGAAGCUUGGGCCUCGCCAGAUUGCUGCUCGCAUCGACGCCACAUGGGGUGUUGAUUCCGAGGGCGAGAUACGUGGCUUAUGGAAGAGGCAGUCACGCCUUCAUGGCUUUUGGGUGAUGGGUGGCUAUACACAGCAACACCGGUGGCACUCGAGGACAUUGGCGCUUCAACUCAAAGCUGAUUUGGAGGGUAUUUUGCCGCCAGCUUAUCUAGAUACACCGACCUUGACCAAUGAGUGGGUAUAG